ACUCUAUGGUAUCUUCCGAAGAUGGCGGCGCCCGUGAUGUCCGCAUUGGGGAGGUUGCAGGGUUUAAUAAGAACAGAACGCUCACUGCUGACGCAUGUUCAGAGUCGCUGCAUUCAGACCACAUCUGUCUGCCUAAAGAACCGAGCUGCCCGAGUGCGAGUGGGUAAAGGUGACAAGCCUGUGACUUAUGAAGCGGCUCAUCCUCCACAUUACAUUGCACAUAGAAAAGGCUGGUUGUCUCAGCACACAGGUAACUUGGAUGGAGAGGGUGGAGCAGCAGAGCGCACCAUAGAAGACGUCUUCAUCCGCAGGUUUAUAUUUGGCACAUUCCAUGGCUGCCUGGCUAACGAGAUUGUGAUCAAGCGUCGCGCCAAUCUCCUGAUCAUCUGCGCUAUCUUUAUACGCAAGAUGCCCACACAGAAGUUCUACUUCCUGAUUGGCUACACAGAAACUCUUCUCUCCUUUUUGUACAAAUGCCCUGUUAAAUUGGAGGUGCAGACGGUGGAGGAAAAAGUCAUCUAUAAAUACCUGUAGUCGCAAGGCAAAGAAUAAGGUGGCGGCACCGUUUCCCUGGCAUCUUGUCUGCUGAAUACAGAAUGACUUUUCUUAUGUACAGUGAAGCAUCCUCAUUGUUGCAACAUUUGCUUGGUGUUAGAAUUGUACAUUGUGUUAGAGCAGGAACAGGAAGCUUUGCUUUUGUACCUCCAACCAACGUCCAGAAGCUGCACAAUGUGUUAAAGUAGCAUAUCAUGAAUAUUCAGUGCUUAAUUAAAAACAUCUCUGCUUACAAA